AGACCGUAACGACUGUGUGUGCAUCUGUGGCUUUCACACUAAAUAAACAGACAGAAGUUCCUGUCUAUCACUGAACAUGAUUUUCACUCUGGUUGUUCUUCUUCAGACGGUGUCUGCCACACAGGCUAUAGCUCUAGAUCCCUGCUCAGCUUACAUCAGUCUGAAUGAGCCAUGGCGGAACACGGACUACCACGUCAACAACUCAGCAGGUGUCCCUCUGUGUGACCGUCACGUGGCGGGAGAAUGGUAUCGCUUUACAGGGAUGGCUGGGGAUGCUAUGCCUACUUUCUGUAUCGAAGAGAACCACUGUGGUACCCACGCCCCCAUCUGGCUGAACGGCAGUCACCCUCAACCUGGCGAUGGCAUUGUUACCCUGCCUGCAUGUGCCAGCUUCAGUAACAACUGCUGUCACUGGACGGCUAAUGUGGAUGUGAAGGCCUGUGUAAAGGGUUACUACGUCUACCGCCUCCCCCGACCCUCUGUCUGCUUCCAUGUCUACUGUGGCCAUUUCUAUGACAUUUGCGAUGAGGUGGAGUGUAAUGGGGCUGACUGCCCUGUCGAGUCUGAAUGCCGCUGUCCAGCAGGGACAGUUCUGGGAGCUGAUGCACAGACGUGCCUGGAUGUGAAUGAAUGUGAGAAAGGAAAUGGCGACUGUGCUGAAGUGUGCAUCAACACUAAGGGUUCUCGUCGUUGUGAGUGUGGACCUGGUAAAGUGCUGGAUGUGGAUGGGAAGAGUUGUAAAGAGAUAGCAGGAUGUCACAAUGUGAAUGGAGGCUGCAGCCACGGAUGCUUCUCAGAGUUAGUAUCAUAUUACUGCCACUGUCCCCAGGGCCUGACGCUAGGAGAUGACAAACGCACCUGUCAGGUCCCUGUGCAUUGUGAUCCCAGUUCCAUAGAGGUGUCAGUUCCCAAAGACGUGGUGGGAGGGCUUGAACUCUUCCUGUCUAAUUCGUCUUGCAGUGGCGUUUCCAACGGCACCCAUAUCAACCUGCGCUUCAGUCUGAAAACCUGCGGCACUGUGGUUCAGGUCACCGAUGACAAAAUCGUUGGCACUAACUUGGUGACAGGGUUACCACGGUCGAGUCCUGGCAGCAGUGGGGACUUGAUCGUUCGCACUAGUCAACUACUGCUGCCAAUUACCUGUGAGUUUCCACGGCAGUAUGAGGUGUCUGAUGGAUACCUGCCCAGUCUGCGCAACACAGCACUCGAGCUAGCUGGCCACAGUGAAGGAAUAUUCCCCUUUACUCUUGAGCUCUUUAAGAGCGCAGAGUUUUCCGAGCCGUACAGCCAACCUCCUCAACUUCGGCUUCGGGACUCGCUGUUCUUCGCCGUGGAGCCUAGAGAACGUGUGGAUGGCCUUGCUGCUUUUGUAGAAAGCUGUUUUGCCACACCUGGCCCCAAAGCUGACCAGGCCUUAAAAUAUUACCUCAUAAAAGAUGGCUGUAUUUCAGAUGAAACUGUGCGUCAGCUUUCUGCUAAAGACCAGCUCUCCAAGCACUACCAGGUCCCUGUCUUCAAGUUCAUCGGCAAGGACAACAGAGAGGUUUUCCUGCAUUGCCAUGUGCUGGUGUGUGGACAGACCCAAGGGGAAUCUCGAUGUACACAGGGCUGUCGAAAGCGUUUGAGAAGAGAUCUCUGGACCAACCAGCACCAUAAGCAAGAUGUACUGUCCAGUGGACCCAUUCAUAUACUACCAGACCCAUAAAACACAGACAGAUUACACACCAUCCAUCUCCUAUAAGCACUAAUCUCACAUAGUAACACACAAAAUAACACCAUCUACAGGCUAUUUUACUGUAUAUAAACACAUUCAUAUCUCUAAGUAACACCAAGUAACUGGAAACAAUCUGUUAAGAUUCCUCUCACCCUAAACAAAUUGUCUUUUGGUGCCUCUAGCACAUUUAGGGUACUUUCACACUAGCAAUUUGAAUAGCAAUUCACACUAGUCUCAUGUACAGUAAACAUGUCUAAUGUUUUGCAUUUUUUAAGUAAUAUUGAAGCAUCCUUUCUGUUUGCUGGCCAUCUGUAAAUAUAAGUAAACAUAAACCAUAUUUUACGAUUCACAGCACAAGCUUUCACAAUUAAACUUAAGGACUUUAAAAAGCUUAUAAAAAGUAACUGUUACAGUCUGCACACUUGGUUUGUCUUAAUGUCUAAUAUGCAUAUAUGCUCAGCACUGUUGUACUGAGGAAAAAUAAACGAUUUAAACAGCCAAUAUUAGAAUACUUUUAGUCACAGUUUGUAGUAAUGCUGAAUACCCUGCAAGCAAAAACUAAAGCAAUGGUAAUUUUUUUUUGGUCCCGCCCCCCCUUUGGAACAAUGGAACGUUUUCACCAGUAAUUAAGUAAUUAAAUAAGACAGCCAAUACAUUAAUUAUAUUCUACCACAUUCAAAACUGUUUCAUGUCAGUGUGAAUGAGAAAUAACUAUAAGGCACAAACUAAUUGUUAAGACAAAAUAGCUCUUAAAAUGCUAAAUAUGCUAAAAUAUUAAGAUAUUAAAAAAU